AUGUUUGACACCUCUGGCGUAGGAGAAAGAGAUCAUUUUGUAGAGGAGAAAGGCUUCCUGGAUAAAGUAUGCUUCAGAGUAUCUAGCUGGCCAGCAGAACUCUCUGAGGAGCUGCAGACCUUCUUCAGGGAGGUCAUAGGAGAUGUGCCUAUCAACCCUGGCCAGAGCUACCAAACAUGAGCUGCCUUCACCUUCUACACAGUGAGUGCAGUUCCACAGCUCCCUGCUGGGGCUGUUGUGGGGGUGCCAGCAUGUACCCAUGGCACUCCAGAUAUGGCUGAUGGGGGAUUCAGAAGUCAGUGGGUAGACUGGCACAGACAGGGUGGCUUGGGACUGAAGGAAGCUCUGUCCCUGUGGGAGUCCCAAAAGUUUGCCUAGGCCAAGGAGGUCCUCUGUCUAGAGAGCAAUGCUGCUGUGCUCCAAGCAGUGCCAAUCCCAGGGUGCUCUGGGACUUUCUGUAUCAUGGCUGUAGGCCUGAAACAAAUUCUGAGGUUAUAUGCAGGCCUUAUGGAACUAUGUGCCUUGUGCAACCUGGCUAUGAUGGGCCUGGGAUUCAUUGCUUAUUCGUUCUCCUAGGAUGCCCUGACCCACUUCCUGAAGUGUCGUCUGGACUACACUACAGCCUCCCUCAUCCCCAAGGCCUAUGCCCAGGGGGGUAUGGAGUUCUCUGAGGAAAUCUUACCCUGUCACCAGACCCUGCAUGGCCUACUCAGCAAGGAAGGAAAGAAGUUGUAUGCUUCCAGGAAUAUCUUCCCCAGGCACCGGUUCCAUAUCAAUCAUGCUUCUUUUGCUGCCCAGAGAGAUUUACUGCUGAAACUUCUUAGAACAGCCCCACACUUAGAGAAUUCUUCAUGUGAUUGUGAGCUUAAGGAUCUCAGAUAUCCUGACUCCUGA